AUGUUUGAGAAAAAAAGUGAUGAUAAAAUAAAAAAAAAUAUUUUUUCAUAUUAUCCAAAAACAAGAAAAGAUAUUACUUAUAAUCAAUUAUUUGCUUUUGCUGGAAUGCAAGGAUGGAGAACAUCAAAUGAAGAUUUUCAUAAACAUUUAAUACCAAUUGAUGAUCAAUCAUGGAAACGUAUUGAUACAGCAAAAAAUGCAGCUAAUCUUGUUGAUAAAUAUAUAAUUGAUGCAUUAAAUCAAAUUCGACUAAAUCCAAAUAAUGAAUUAAUUGACAAAUCUCAAUUUAAUAUAAAUCAAUUUAGUUAUAUUAUUAAAAAUAAAUUUCUUCAAUUAGAUAAACAUUUAUCUACUUUAGUUAAUGAUCAAAGUGGAUCUGUUUGUAUAGUAUGUUUAAUUGGACCAUUAUAUAUUUAUUUAAUUAAUCUUGGCGAUUCUCGUGGAAUAAUUAUUUCAAAUAAUGGACAAGUAUUAGCAUCUACAAAAGAUCAUAAACCAAGUGUUGAACAAGAAAAAAAACGUAUUGAAAAAGCUGGAGGACGAGUAACUCAAUGUGAAAAUGAUGUACCACGUGUUGAAUAUAAACUUGCUAUUAGUCGAACAUUAGGAGAUUAUACAUUCGAUAAACGAUUUAUUCCAGCAUCACCUGAUAUUAUUCAAUAUCCAAUUAAUUCAUCAGCAUCAUUUGUUAUUAUUGCUUGUGAUGGAAUUUGGGAUGUUAUGACAAAUGAACAAGUUGCACAAUUUGUUUCUCAAAAAGCAUCAAAUACAUCUAUUCAAGAUAUUGCAUCUCAAUUAUUAGAUCAAUCUUUUAUUUUAGGAUCAACUGAUAAUAUGAGUAUUUAUAUUAUUAAAAUUUCAAAUUAA